AUGUACACUCACAUAAUGAAAUCGGCUGUUGGAAUCAGUUUGCUGGGAGGCGUGGUGCUGGCAUCGUCGAGUAGCAACAUCAAGUUUGUGGCUCAACAACCACUACUGCAAAAUGCCUGCCCAUCCAACUCGCUCAUCCACGACACCAACUGCCAGCCCUCAACCCAAGAUGCGUGGAACAUACCUCUCCCGAAUCUGGCGCCCAACUCCACACACAUUUCCCCGCUGAUCCACUCGUUGCAAGAGUCGCGCAAACGCGCGCAGCAAACCAAAAACUUCCCCUGGACCUACUGGCCCGAAUGCUUUUCUCUCGACGACGAAAACGAGCCCUUUUGCGUCUUCACAGACACGGCAUUUGCAUAUGGCCGCGGCAUCUCCAUCAUCACUACCCAAUCGCUGGCGUACGGCAUGCGCGAUAAAAUCGCCUUCACGCAGCCACACCUCUUCACCCACCUCAACAACUACAACUCGCCGCCCUACUACCAGCAUGAAUUCCCAAACAAGGGCCGCGGCCUCAUUGCAAACACAACUCUCCAGCGCGGCGACCUCAUCUUCUCCUCGACCCCGAUCCUCGUCACAGACCCCGACAUGGACGACCUCCCUGAGCCCGAACGUCUGGCCCUUCUCUACCGCAGCAUCGCCACACUGCCGCCCGCGACGCAAUCCCUCUUCUGGGGUCUACAAAGCGACACGCCGACGACAGAGCCGGGAUCCGACGCUCUCGACACGCGCGUGACGACCAACAACUUUGCCGUGGAAAUCGACGACGUGGCCCAGUCCAUCGUGAUGCCUGAAAUCGCAAUGAUGAACCACGACUGCCGCCCCAACGCCGCCUAUUUCUUCGACCAAAACACAAUGGCCCAGUACGUCCACGCCAUCCGGCCCAUCAACCCGGGCGAGGAAAUCACAAUCACAUACAUCGACAACGAGAAACCGCGCGCGCGCCGCAUGGCAAAGCUGCAUCUCAACUGGGGCUUUACGUGCAGCUGCAGCGCAUGCAGCGUCAACAUUGCACAGGCUGCUGACUCGGAUGCGCGCAUCGCGCAGAUUGGGCAGCUGGAAAAAGUCCUGGAUGACUGGACCGAUGCGUCUGGCGCGAGCGUGUCCAUGGCGGAAUUACUCGUGAGCUUGUACCAGCAGGAGCGGCUGUGGGCGGGCCUCGCAACCGCGUACCAGUAUGCCGCCGAGACGCAUGCGAGUUUCGGUCGGAAAUGGGACGCCGUCAAGUAUGCGCGCCUCAGUCUGGAAUACAGUUUGCUCGACAAGGGCUGGGCCGACCCGGAUGUCGCUGCUAUGAAGAAAAUGGCAGAGGAGCCCGAGCAGACGUGGGCUUGGAAGAAGCGUAUGGGACUUGGACAUGCGCAUCAUCACCAUGGACAUGGACAUGAGUAG